AUGGCCACCACACUACCCACCACCAACGGCAAGCACGAUGGCGCCAACGGCACCAAUGGAGUUGCCUCAUUCGCCGUCAAGGCUGGUCUCGCUCGCAUGUUGAAGGGCGGUGUCAUCAUGGACGUCGUCAACGCUGAGCAGGCCCGCAUCGCCGAAGACGCCGGUGCCUGCGCCGUCAUGGCUCUCGAGCGUGUCCCCGCCGAUAUUCGCAAGGAUGGUGGUGUUGCCCGCAUGUCCGAUCCCGCCAUGAUCAAGGAGAUCAUGGACACUGUCACUAUCCCUGUCAUGGCCAAGGCCCGUAUCGGUCACAUUGUCGAGUGCCAAAUCCUCGAGGCCAUUGGUGUCGAUUACAUUGAUGAGUCCGAGGUCCUCACCCCCGCCGACCCCAUCUACCACGUUGAAAAGCACGACUACAAGAUCCCCUUCGUCUGUGGAUGCCGCGACCUCGGUGAGGCUCUGCGCCGUAUUGCUGAGGGUGCCGCCAUGAUCCGCACAAAGGGUGAGGCCGGUACUGGAGAUGUCAUUGAGGCUGUUCGCCACAUGCAGACUGUCAACCAGCAGAUUGCCCGCGCUUCCAAGAUGUCUGAGCCUGAGCUCCGCGCUUACGGCCGCGAGCUUGGUGUUCAGUACGAGCUGCUCAAGGAGACCGCCCAGCUUGGACGUCUGCCUGUUGUCAAUUUCGCCGCUGGUGGUAUUGCUACCCCUGCUGAUGCCGCCCUCAUGAUGCAGAUGGGCUGCGACGGUGUCUUUGUCGGCUCUGGUAUCUUCAAGAGCGGUGACCCUGCUAAGCGUGCCAAGGCCAUCGUUCAGGCCGUCACACACUACAACGACCCCAAGGUUCUGGCCGAGGUCAGCAUUGGACUCGGUGAGGCCAUCGUAGGCAUCAACUGCGGUUCCAUGGACUCCAAGGACAAGAUGCAGGGUCGCGGCUGGUAA